CUUCCCUGGCGUCGUCUAGGAAAAUCACUUUUGCCAAAACUGAGAAAACUUAACUGCACCCGCCCUCUUCGCUUGUUCUACAAUGAGUGCCAAAUCUGCCAUCAGCAAGGAAAUUUUUGCACCUCUUGAUGAGAGGAUGCUGGGAGCUGUCCAAGUCAAGAGGAGAACGAAGAAAAAGAUCCCUUUCUUGGCAACUGGGGGUCAAGGCGAAUACUUAACUUACAUCUGCCUGUCAGUGACAAACAAGAAGCCCACACAGGCGUCCAUCACGAAGGUCAAACAGUUUGAAGGCUCCACGUCAUUCGUGCGGAGAUCACAGUGGAUGCUCGAGCAGCUUCGCCAGGUUAACGGCAUCGAUCCUAAUCGGGAUUCUCCAGAGUUUGAUUUGUUGUUUGAAAAUGCCUUUGACCAGUGGGUAGCCAGCACAGCCUCAGAAAAAUGCACCUUCUUCCAGAUCCUCCACCACACCUGCCAGAGGUACCUCACGGACAGGAAGCCAGAGUUCAUUAACUGCCAGUCCAAAAUCAUGGGAGGAAACAGCAUCCUCCAUUCAGCGGCCGAUAGCGUGACCAGCGCCGUACAGAAAGCGAGCCAGGCCUUGAACGAGCGCGGGGAGCGGUUAGGCCGAGCAGAGGAGAAGACGGAAGACAUGAGGAACAGCGCCCAGCAGUUCGCAGAAACUGCGCACAAGCUUGCCAUGAAGCACAAAUGCUGAGGAACUGCCUGUCCUGGUGGCCCUCGUAAGAGAAAUGGAAGAGUUUGUUCAGCAGUUUUUACAAGAAUUCCAGACCUCCACUUGCUUCUUUUUUCCAAUAAUAUAUGGACAUUUAAGGGUUUUGUUUUUCUUUUGAAGAUGUUAAUGUGAAAAAGGUGUUGUGUUUAUACAUUUCCCUAAUGAUCUUGCUAAGAAUGUUGCAAUAGCAACAGCUUCGUUUGGGUUUUGGUUUUUUCCACUGUGUGUAUAUGUGUGUAUGUAUGUGUUUCCCCUUUUUUUAAAGUUUGUUUUUUUGUGGUAGUUUGAAUAUGAAAUUUGGACCAAAUGAUAUACUGAGCUGACUCUAAACUGGCAUCAUGUAUUUUUUUCCUAAUAUUAAACAGGAAGGCAUUUGAAUAUGGUGACAUCAGAUGUUAUUGUUCCUGAUUGGAAAUAAAAGUCCAGCGGUGAUUGGCUUCACUCAGUCUCUUAGUUACUCCUAAUUUGAAGGUUAAGAUUCUAUACCCUGAGAAACAAAUCUGUAUUAUGAAAAACAAUUGGAUUUAUCGGGGGAAACAGCAGUCUUAGAUUUUUGCUUUUUAUGUAGUAAUCUUUUGCAUGAGCCAUCACUAGCAUUCAAAAGAACAGAUCAGAAUCACAGAUAGAAAUCUCCUUUCUGAGGUACAGUUUAAAUACAUGUUUCUAGGCUGAUUAUUUGAAAUUAUCAAAUGAAGGUUAAAAAUGUGAGGUUAAAGACCUAAGAAAAAGCCUGUUUAAAAACAUCUGUGCAUUUAUGGCUGCUUCUUUUUGUCAUUGUCCCAAAUUCCAGUAGCUGGUAUUGAAAAAAGCUUGGAUUUUUAUCAAGAAUUGAUUUGUCCAGAUAGACGUCUGUGUAACUGAUAAUGUGAAAAGAUACUACAUUUAAAACCUUUUUUCUUUUCUUUUUACAAAGUCAUGUCUGUUUUAGAGACAUCCUCACAAUGUCCUUGGGAAAUGGCCUUCAGUUUCCUGGUAUCUGAUUUUUGGAAGUUUUGAUGUUGUUAUUGCUGUCUAUUUCUUUAAUGUCAUUUCAAAUAUGGGUUUCUUGACAAAUUUCAUUUCAUGGCAAUUGCAGCUUGCCAGGUCUGACGGAAACAGCACAGUUAAGAAGACUUUACCUCGCAGUCAGACUGAAAAAAGUUGGUUCACACAUAUGAUUUUGUAUUGCUUGAGGUAGUAUUAGAGUCUGGGAGUUUGUUUCUUAGAGGAUUAAAAUGCUAAACAUAAAAGCCAUGCUGUGUCUUCUUGAAAUAGGAGGCAAGCUGCACAUUCAGACACAUGGCCAGCCUCUCACUGCAGCGCAUUGAUUUUUAAGCUGCGUGAAUCUUCAGGACCCUUUCUGUCCCUUCCUAUCCAUGGAUCCAAUUAAGUUCAGGUAUAGUGUAGCCUCUUACGUAGCAGUGUAAGGUAGCUUUUGGAUUAUUUAUGCUGAUUUAAGUACUUAAGUUCACCUGACAGCACAUUCUGGGGGAGAUAGAAAGUUGGGCUAUUGGGGGGAAAAAUUAUCUUAGGCAGUACGUAUCAAAAGGGAGAUAGGAUUUGCCAUAGACAAAUUUU